AUGCGCGGCGCCAGCUCGAAUGACAGGCUGGAAGACAAUCAGGAAAACCUGCCCAGGGCGUACAGUCGUGCGCCUGGAACGGAUUAUCUCGUUAGUGUCGCGGUCGAUCACACAAGUUUCGAAACCUUCGGGACAAAGGCCUUGGAAACGUCGAGCGAGUUGAUCACUGUGAAGCUGGCCUUCCUCUGCAAGGGCGUAGGCAAGUCCCAGAAAGAGGGAACGACGGUCAAUGAGGGCUGCGAAGCAGCGCAGCAACCUGUGCAUGAGCGUUGCUUGCCGUAUGCGGAGUCAACAACGGAAAUUGCCCUGACUGGGCAACAAUCCAGGAUCGGCCGUCAAAUUGACCCGGAGGCAGAGGAGAGGAGUCCGGCCCGUGAUCUGCACGGUGAGACCGUUGUGAAGCUCGAUCUCGGUACCCCUGGCGAGUGCCCGGGCGUGAAUGCGCAGAACGAUUCUGGAGACACGGCAAUGAUGCUCGCCCUCCGAGACGAUCAGCUGGAAUUCGCACAAUGGAUCCUCGACGAUCCACACACGGACGUGCUUUUGCGCAAUCUCGCGGGAGAGGAUGCCAUCGACAUUUGCGAGAGCCUCGGCCUGCAGGGCAUGAGGAUGAAGCUGGAGUCCAAAGCCCGACACCAAGCCGAACUUCAAGCAGAGAAGGAGAAGAGCGCGGCAAAGAUGAGGGAUGAAGUGAUGGGCAAGUAA